AUAAAUUAGAGCCGAAGUCCGGCUAAUGAAGGGCGGAAGUAGAGUGUCUAGUGUUGCAAUUAUGGCGCAGGAAGAGGAGGAUAUUCGGGAUUACAAUUUGACUGAAGAGCAGAAGGCGAUCAAGGCCAAAUAUCCCCCAGUCAUUCGGAAGUACGAGUAUUUGGAUCAUACAGCAGAUGUCCAGUUACAUGCAUGGGGAGAUACUCUGGAGGAAGCAUUUGAACAAUGUGCAAUGGCCAUGUUCGGUUACAUGACAGAUACUGGGACUGUGGAGCCCCUGCAGACAGUAGAAGUAGAAACCCAAGGAGAUGACUUAGAAUCCCUUCUAUUUCACUUUUUGGAUGAGUGGCUUUAUAAGUUCAGUGCUGAUGAAUUCUUCAUACCCCGGGAAGUGAAAGUACUUCACAUUGAUCAAAGAAAUUUCAAAUUACGGUCAAUUGGGUGGGGAGAAGAAUUUUCAUUGUCCAAGCACCCUCAGGGAACUGAAGUCAAGGCAAUAACCUACUCAGCAAUGCAGGUCUAUGAUGAAGAGAAGCCAGAAGUUUUUGUGAUCAUUGACAUUUAAGAUAUCAAAACACAAACAAAACAAACCGAACCCCCUCUACGAAGAACUGGUUUUUUUCCUCUUCCUUUUCAGAAGAUCCCAUGAUAUAAAUUCUACAGUAUCUGUUGCUUUGUGGAGAUUUGCUGAAGUUUUUAAAAAAGAUUUUAUUUGUCAGAGAGUGAGUGAGAACACAAGCGGGAGAUCAGCAGAGAUGGGCGAGAAGCAGGCUCUCCUAGGACCCCCAGAUCAUGACCUGAGCCAAAGGCAGACGCUUAACCGACUGAGUCACCCAGGCGCCCUACGAACGGAACUUUUAACUUAAAGUCAGAAAUGGGACAGCGAGGUGCAGCCUUGGUCCGUGUUACCCAGAUAUUCAGACUUGAAAGAAUUCUUCAGGUGGCAAGUGUGGCAUCUCGUCUCUUAGUUCCCCGCUGUAGGAGCAGGUACUCAGCCCAUUCCAGUGGAAUGCCAGGUCCCAAAAGGACCGGUAAUCUAAGCAGCGGCCCAGAGACUCUGAAUCUGCCAUACUCUCACCGAAUCCAGUCUGAGAAAAAUAAUAAUAAUUUGAAAAAUCCUUUGACCAGGACUUUGCUUUUUCCCCCACAUUGGUUCUCUCUCACACACACACAGAGACACACAUUUUUAUGUGGGCCUGAAUUCACGACCUUGGGUUCAAGACCUCAGCUAAGAUCAGGAGUCGGAUGCUCAAACGACUAAGCCACCCAGUUGCCCCUAACACACACAUCUUUUGUGUAUGCAUUGAGAGGUUGUGUUUUACAUUCUGUGGGACAGAGCCAUCCUGUAUUCCACUUGAUUUUUUCUUAUUAGAAAUAAUUAUAGUUUAAAAAUUGGGAGACUUACCUAGAAAGAGCUCUGAGUCUCUCUCUCUCACAUUUUUAAAACACUAAUGUUGUAUACACUUUACUGUUUUCCCAUUAAGAAAGUUUAAUCACCCUUACAAACAGGCCUGCCCUUCUCACAGCUAAUUUUAUAUUAAAGCUGCUCUGUAUAGGGACGCCUGGGUGGCUUAGUCGUUAAGCAUCUGCCCUCGGCUCACAUCAUGAUCCCGGAGUCCUGGGAUCGAGUCCUGCACUGGGCUCCUUAUUUGGUGGAGGGCUUGCUUUUCUCUCUUCCUCUGCCUGCCACUCCUCCUGCUUGUGCUCGCUCUCUCUGUCAGAUAAAUAAAAUCUUAAAAAAGAUAAAAAGAAACUGCUAUAUUUAUAUAGUUAGAGAAAAAAAGUUGUUUUUUUUAAUUAAGUUCUUCAUUGUGGGAAAACCAUGUUAAAAAGAUCUGAACCUUUCAAAGGAGGUAAAUUAAAAAAAAUGAAACUGUUUUUGUUUCAUUUGCUGUGUUAUUCUAUUCUCUAUUCAUUGAUUGAGGUAUUCUUUGUUGCCAUAAGUUUGCAGAGCUGCUAUUUAUUCACACUUCGAUGAGAAAAAAUUGCCACUGGGUGGUGCCAAAUAUCAUUAUAGCACGCUAAACUUGACCUAAGAGGAAGAGAUUGUGAGCUUCCUAAAUGUUCUGAGCACUGUAGUAUUUUUUGUCUCGGUAUUUAACAGAAAAUAGAGGUAAUGGGAACUAGGCCAAGAACCAUGGUCUGAAUAGUAGCUUCAAAUGAAUACAGAGCAGGCUCGCUGGGGUAGUGCUUCAUGACCUUCUUUAUUGUUAGGCACAUUUUGUAAAUUUGAAUUGUGGUCCUCCAAGCAGAAAUGUCUAGAACUUCUUUACCUUUUGUUAGGAUGAAUAUCCAGGCUGGCGUGGGGCUCUCUUUUAUUCAUGGACUCCUUUGAACAUCAUGGGCUAUUUGGAGUGUCGAUUGUGAAAAUGAGCGUUGGGAUACAGUGAGUCCGGUGGAAGAGCUGAAUCCAGGGUAGGAGGAGCUCCUGGGUUAUAUUAAGCCACGCAGGGUACAAACUUGACCAGGAGAAAGAGUAGCUAUGCCUCUUAACCACCAGUGCUAUGUAAUGAGGUUCAGUAAAAGCAAGUCAGUUGUAAUUAUGAUAUAAAAUUAUAUUUCUUUAAAUUGAUAAUAAAUGUAUAGUUUGUAACAA